AUGAUGACUAUGAUGGAUCCACAAGAAUUAAAACCUAUGGAAUAUCAAUUAUGGCCUGGAAUGGGAUUCCCAACAACAGCAGCUAUGGCUCCAGGAGCCAGUCACACAUCUCAACAACUUACUAAUCAAGCUGCCAGCUCAGCUAGUAAUGAUGAUCUCGAUGCACCAGAUUCACCAGAUUCUGGAAAGGAUGGAAAGAAGAAUGAUGACAGAGUGAAAAGGCCGAUGAAUGCUUUCAUGGUAUGGAGUCGUGGUCAGAGACGUAAAAUGGCUCAGGAAAAUCCAAAAAUGCACAACUCUGAAAUCUCGAAACGUCUCGGAACUGAAUGGAAAUUACUAAGUGAAAAUGAGAAAAGGCCAUUUAUCGAUGAAGCUAAAAGACUACGAGCCAUUCACAUGAAGGAGCAUCCCGAUUACAAAUACAGACCUCGCCGUAAGACCAAAGCUCUUCAAAAGAAACCACCUAUGAUGGGAGCCUUUGCACUCGACCCUAUUAAGCAACAGGUGUAUAACCCCAUGCCAACCUGGAACAAUGGCCGUUAUUACGAUCCCACAGCCGCUUACAAUACCUUAUACAGUAAUGGCUUUGACAUGAUGUCUCAGAUGCCAUAUCUGAAUACCACUGGAGCCAAUACAGCCACCACAAAUGCAGGUGGACAGUCACCUAGCCAAUAUUCUCAUUCAUCUCCUCUCACAUCUCAAUAUCCCAACUACCUCACACCAGCUAGUACGGUGAAACCAGAAUCAGAGGCUUCACCCGAAGGCUUAACCGAUUCAUCGGCGUUUGAUCCAACACGUGUGGUACAAGAUCCAUUCAAAGAUCCCAUGACAGCAUACAUGUAUUCUAAUCCUUUGGCUACUUAUUCCCUCGAAACUAUGGGCUUAACACCACAGCAACUGAACGGAGCACUUCCUCAUGUACCAUCAUAA